CCCAGUUCAAAGAUGGCAGCCAUGGGACAGAGAUGAGAGACGACACAAAUUUAGGAGUUUGGUCAUGAAGCCUCACCGGGUUGAACAGCUGUAACAUGCUUGGUUUUGACAUGACAACGAAAUAAUUUGUGGCUGCAAAUGUGUCGUCGUAGACUUACAUUCAAAGGUUUCAGAAAUAUCAUGUUUUCUUGUGGGCUAAGCUAGCAAGCAGCGGUUAGCAAAUAAAUGAACCUGUCUCAUCUGCCAACCAAGAAGAAAGCGGCCGCUUUGCAUUCGGUCUAUUGACAUUUUGCAAGCCCAAAAUCACCAUGGCCAUCACUCAGUUCCGUCUUUUCAAGAUUUGCACAUGUUUAGCCAGUCUGCUUUCCUUCUUCAAAAGGUUGAUAUGCAGGAGCGGAAGGGGCCGCAAGCUCAGUGGGGAUCAAAUCACGCUCCCAACAACAGUGGACUUUUCAUCAUCGGUACCAAAACAGCCUGAGAUUGAGGAAUGGAGCUCUUGGGAUGAAGAGGCCCCUACAAGUAUUAAGAUUGAAGGAGGAAAUGGAAAUGUUUCCCCUUCACCCAACGAGGUAGAUGAAGAGCCUGACUACUUUAAAGAUAUGGCUCCCACCAUCAGGAAAACACAGAAGAUAGUGCUGAAGAAGAGAGAGCCUUUGAACUACCCGGUGCCUGAUGGCUCAGCAGGUUUCUCCAGCAGACUGGCAGCCUCUCAGGAUAUGAUGGCCUUCAGUCCACCUUCAGGUGAACUUGGAGAAAUGGACAACUGGCAGGAGGACACUAACGCCUGGGAGGAUGAGUCUGAUGCUGCCUGGGAGGCAGAGGAAGUGCUAAGACAACAGAAGCUGGCUGAAAGAGAAAAGCGGUACAUGGAGCAGCAAAGGAAGAAGAUGGAGAAAGAGGCUCAGAGGAUGAUGAAGAAGGAGCAAAAGAUUGCAGUCAAGCUCUCGUAACAUUUUAGAAAUGCUCAGUGUUGAGCAGAAGAGAUGGGGAGGGGGACAAAGACUUUAAAUAUUUUUUUUUUCUGUCUAUAAAGUUAUCAAAACGACCAGGAUCACCACCCUUCUCUACUCAUCUGUUAGCAAACUCUCCUCAUUCUCCACCCUGUUUCCACCAGCAGCCAUAUUAGUCUGUUUUCCAGCUGCAGCAGUGUACGGUGCAUCAUUCUUACAGGAGAAAACACACCUGGUGUACUAUCUGUCCAUUUUGCUAUGUCGUCCUGUCUGCAGGGAAGAACUGUGUUCACAUGAUCCGGUUCAUCUUACGUAAGAGGUUAGCUGCAGCGUUUGAAGGCCCCAUGUAGAUCUGAUUCAGACUGUCAGGUAGCUGAGAAAGUAUUCUUUGUUUUUUCCCCAGAACAUCUGUAAAUAAACAGGUACCUGUGCUACCUUUGAGACACAA